CUUGACUUCUUGAUCAAGAACUGAAGAUCUUGACUUCCCAAUCAAGAGCUGAAUAUCCUGACAUCUUGGUCAAGAGCUGAAGAUCUUGACUUCCCAAUCAAGACCUGAAGAUCUUUACAGCCCACCCAGCUUGAAGGAGAAGGUGGACUUGGAAAUCCAGCCAUGGAAGACCAGUACAGAGAGCGCAUUCCAAUGCAGAGAUACUUCUCAGCGGUCCGUCACAUGGAGCAAACGGUGAUGUUUCCCAGCCUUCUCCAGGGGGUCUCGCUGGAAGACCAGGAGGACCCAGCCGAAAUCAACACCGAGAAGAAAUGUGCCGGGGACAGAGAUCUGUACGACUACUUCACACUUCUCAAAUCCAUCAAGUCGACAGUGGAGAGCGGGCUAUCUCCCCUGAAUGACAAGGUCCUCCGCUCCAGGGAAGAAGAAGGAGAAGCUAGGGAGAAGGCCGAUCUUGAAGGACUCCUUCGGUACCACAUUUCGGGCUUAUACCAUGUCCUCGGCCAACUGACCAGCCAAGCCAACGCUGUGACUUCUAGGUACAACGAAAUUAUGGGACAGAUCAGCCAGAAUGGGAUCACUUUUCACUGGUAGAAGAGCAUCAAGCGAAGGGUGAGUGAUCUUUGUACGUUAAAUGUGUACUUCGCAUCUUUAGAUCUUCUAAAAGUUUCUCCAUUGCAACUCUG